UUCGCGGCGGCCUCCCGUCAGCCCUAAGUGUGACGCCGCGUGGGGGACGGGGCCAGCGCGCGCGGGAAGCGCGGGGUUGGAGGCGCCUACUGCUGCUCGUCAUGGCCCUCUCGGUGCCCGGCUACUCGCCCAGCUUCAAAAGGCCUCCCGAGAUACUGAGGCUCCGAAGGAAAAGGGCCCGGAGCCACGGAGCUGCUGCCUCCCCGUCCUCAGAGCCGGCCCCGCGCCGCGCCGCCCUCGCAGCCGGGCUGCCCCUCCGCCCCUUCCCGGUCGCGGCGGGCAGAGGCGGCAGCGCGCCCGCGGCCCGCAGGAACCCUUUCGCCCGCCUGGACAACUGGCCGCGGCCCGCCGCCGAGCACCCCAUCACACAGCCCCGCGGCCAGCGGGAGGUGCCGGCCCCGCUUUCAGAUUCUAAUCAAGCAAAUGAUUUGCUAUGGGAAGAGAUGUUACCUGAAAGAACUGUUAAUGAACUACCCCAGACUCCACAUGUAUCAUUCUCCGAAUCCGAUAAUCUGCUUCCAAAAAGUACCGAGUUACCUGUAGACUGGAGUAUUAAAACUCGACUCCUUUUUACCUCUUCUCAAGCCUUUACCUGGGCAGAUCAUUUGAAAGCACAGGAAGAGGCUCAAGGUCUUGUCCAGCAUUGUAGGGCAACAGAAGUUACUUUGCCUCAAAGUAUACAGGAUCCCAAACUCUCCACUGAGCUCCGUUGCGCCUUCCAGCAGAGCCUUGUCUAUUGGCUCCACCCUGCCUUGUCCUGGCUCUCACUGUUUCCACGUAUUGGAGCUGAUAGGAAAAUGGCUGGAAAGACAAGCCUUUGGUCAAAUGAUGAAACUUUGCAACAUGUUUUAAUGAGUGACUGGUCUAUGAGCUUUACUUCUUUGUAUAAUCUGCUGAAGUCAAAACUUUGCCCCUAUUUCUACGUUUGCACCUAUCAGUUUACUGUCCUGUUCCGUGCAGCAGGAUUAGCAGGAAGUGAUGUCAUCACAGCUCUCAUAUCUCCCACAACUAGAGGUUUAAGAGAAGCUAUGAAAAAUGAAGGUAUUGAAUUUUCACUGCCUUUAAUAGAAGAAAAUGCCCAUAAGAAGAAAGCAUAUGGAACAAGCCUGGGACAUGGGGAGGAGCAAGCAAUCAGUGAUGAAGAUGAAGAGGAAAGUUUUUCUUGGCUGGAAGAGAUGGGUGUGCAUGAUAAAAUUAAAAAGCCAGAUAUACUAUCUAUCAAGCUACGUAAAGAGAAACAUGAAGUACAAAUGGAUCACAGACCUGAGUCUGUUGUUUUGGUGAAAGGAACCAACACCUUUACGUUGCUCAACUUUUUGAUCAACUGCAAGAGUUUAGUUGCUACCUCAGGUCCACAGGCAGGACUUCCACCAACCCUUUUAUCACCAAUAGCAUUCCGAGGUGCCACAAUGCAAAUGCUUAAGGUGCGGAGUGUUAAUGUGAAGACACAAGCUCUUUCUGGAUACCAAGAUCAAUUCAGUUUGGAGAUUGCAGGUCCAGUCAUGCCUCAUGCUCUACAUUCUAUAACCAGGCUACUCCAGUCUUCACAGAGUGGGUCAUUCUCUGUCGGACUCUAUCCACAUGAGCCAACGGCUGUAUUUAAUAUCUGCCUGCCACCGGGUAAAGUACUGGAUAAAGAAGUUGUUCAUAAGGAACUCGCUAACUGUGGGUUGCACCCUAAGACUUUGGAGCAACUUAGUCAAAUACCAUUACUGGGGAAAUCAUCUUUACGGCAUGUGGAAAUGAAUGACUACCUUUGUAAUUGGAGAUCCUGAACAUCAAAGUAAGCCUAAAAGGAAUCUUUGAGGAAAAAAACCUCCUAGCAAGGAAAUUCAAGAGUCUUAUACUUUUGUCUUUAAAGUUCAUUUUGGAAGUUAAAGGAAUAUAUUUUAAAAUAUUGAAAUGUUUAUAAACACUCCCUUUUUAUAUUUUAUUACAUGCACUUAGCGAUAGUGUAAAGAUUUUAAAUCAACAUUUUGGUUUUACUGUUUCAUAGAUUUUCAGGUAUGAAGAUGAAAACUUUUUCUCAAACCCCACGUAACUUGAAUGAGGAUUCUACGUCUAUAAGCUAUUUGUAAAUGGAGUAGAAAACUAAAUUAAAAUCAGUGUUUCCUUACAUAUAAGAGACUAAAUCUGUACCAAUUAUUUCAUGAAAUUUUGCCUAAAAAUAUUACAGCUUAUCUGAGGUUGUUUUACAAAAGUAGGAAAGGGUGGAAACAGUAUCUGAGCUGACUGCUGAUUCUACCAAACCACCUUUACUGAUUUAUAAAUUCCUCUAUUCUCAAAUAAUUUUUUAAUACAUGCUAAUUAACACAGGAUAUUCUGUACUUUGUAUAGAAUAGCAUUAAGAGUUGGAUGCUCAGCUAUCAUUGGCAAAGUAGUAUUUAAUGCAUUUAUAGGUGUGUGUAUGCAUGUGCAGAUGUGUCUGUGUUUGAAAUCCCAUUUAAAUAAAUAUGCUUAGGUAAUAGUACUUAGUGAAGAUGUAUAUGUUCACUCUAUGAUCCAGAAAAUAAAAAACACCACAUUUA